GCAAACCGCACUACCGCAUUGCACGUCUCCGAAAUGAAGAAAUCAAAGACCAGAGACCUGGACCCCGAAUCUCUUCUCGAUCCCGCGCCGAGUUCGAGCUCGGAUGAGCACUCCGACGCCGAGCUCUCAGACGCUGAAGAUGUGAAUGCGGGUCGCGAGCACUACGUCGAUGUGGGCAAGAGCAAGUUGAGGAAGAAGGAGGUGGUGCCGCUUGGACCGCAGUACACGAGUCGUGGUGUGCGGAGAGAGGAGCUCGAGGACAGCGACAGUGAUGAUCCUUUCGCGAAAGGGUUCGAUGAGGGAAGCAGUGGGGACAGCGAGGAGGAUGAGGAGGGAGACGAAGAGCUUGAUGCUGAUUCUGAUGAGGACAUGAGCGACGAUGAUGAGCUGGACAGCGAAGGUGACGACGAUUCUGAGGACGACGAUGAGGGCUCCGACGACGACGAUGAUGAUGACGACGAGGAUUCAAAUGAGAAGAAGGGCGGGGCCUCGGCGAUACGCGAUUUAUUCAAGGCGGAAAAGUCUGUCGCAUCUACACUUGCCGCUGGUGCACAGUCCGAUGUCGCCAAGGGACAGGCUGUGAAGACGCAGCGAAAGACAUUCGACACGCUGCUCAAUACUCGUAUUCGCCUGCAAAAGGCUUUGAUCUCGACAAACUCCAUGGCUGCCGAUACGCACGCGCAAGAGGCGGCACCAGAGCCGUCCAUCGAAGCCGCUGAAGCUGCCGCUCUGACACUACUCAACAACCUCACCGACCUCCGCAUGUCGCUGCAAGAGGCGCGUACAGGCCACAAGCGCAAGAGGACAGUCUUCGAGUCUAACACACCAUCUUCCGAAAUAUGGGAGUCUAUGCGCAGCACGGAGUCAUCUGCCCUCCCAUAUCGCAAAGCAGUCCUCGAGCGCUGGUCCAGCAAAACAAAGGCUACGACUGUUGCGCAGAACAAGAACCGCCUCAACGCGUCUGCACAACAAACGCUUACCGAGGUGUUGGACUCUCAAUUGCACUCAUCUCACCUUGUAAUCCGCACGCAAACCCCCCGGUCUUGCGCACCCCUCCAGUCUGCAUUCAAGGACGCCCAGCCCCAAUCAGCCAUCUACGACGAUGCCGACUUCUACGGCUUGCUUCUCAAGGAGCUUCUCGAGCAGCGUUCAGCAGACCUGAAUGCCAAUGGAACGGCUGAGUUUGUUGUCCAGGCGCCGUGGCAGGUAGCAAGGGAGGCGAAGACCAGGAAGGUCGUUGACACCAAGGCGAGCAAAGGGAGGAGGCUGCGGUACACGGUGCAGGAGAAGUUGCAGAACUUCAUGGCGCCUGAGGAUAGAGGGGAGUGGGGUGAGCGGCAGCGCGAUGACUUGUUUAGCAGUUUGUUUGGGCAGAGACUGGGGCUGGGCGAGCAUGAUGAGGUGGAGAGCGAGAGGGAGGAUGAGCCGGAUGCUGAGGAGGCGGGGUUGAUGCUGUUCAGGAGUUAGUGAUGAGUUUGUUAUGGAUAAACUUGAUAGAUG